CUGCAUUUUAUCAAACUGGUUUGUUUACCCAAGUCAAAAUUAUUAAUUACUUAAAGAUAGCAUGGAAAUUGUAAAACGGACAUUUUUACGUGCUUGUAUAAAUCACAGCUGUCUUGAUCAUGAUCAAAUUAAUAAGAUAUUAACACCGCUCUGCGAUCAGCAUCAAGUGACAAAACCCGCGAAUGAGGAGGCUCUGCACGAAUUCGCAAAGAGUAUCGAAAAUACGAUAAAAGAUCUUAAUCAAUCGUUGACCUUUAUGCUUCAUCCUGUGACGGGCAAAGAGUAUUUGGUAUUUGCCAUCACUGAUGCAACUCCUGAUAAACAAAAUCAUCCGGGUCUGACAGCAGAAGAAUGUUUCUAUUUUUCCAUUCUUUUGGAAAAACUUGCCCAACAGGAGGACUGCCACAUAGCCUGGAACGAGGCGUACUCUGACUUGGAUUUCAAGGGCUCAACGAAGCCGCCUAAGAAGCUGCGCAUGCAAACGCUGCUCCAACUAUGGACCGAAAUGGGUUACUUCUUGGAGUCGGGCGACAGACUCUAUCUGGGUCCACGCAGCAUCGUCGAGUUCGAGUUUUAUUUGCGCUCUAACUUUGCGGACACGAUCAAGGAAUGUGCCCUCUGCAAGCAGCUGGUGCUCUGGGACGUCAAAUGCUCAGAUUGUAACACUAAAAUCCACAGACUUUGCAUACGAAAGUAUUUACGUACCCGCUCCAACUGCCCAACCUGUGGCAACAAGUGGUCCACGCGACUUAGUCAAUAAAAAUUAUAAGAAUUAGCAACUAUGUAUUUGGCGUAUGCUGAAAGUAU